UGGGAGAUGAGAGGCUGGAGGCUGGCGUUUCGUACCCGUGUCCGUGUGUUUACACUCACAGUACUCAAGACACACCGACGAGCGGACGCGUCAGGGUGAUGGCGCUCCACAGAUAACAGCGGAGAUUUCCAAGCUAUUCAGUUGUAUUACAUUUAAGAAAUGCGGACAGUUCUUUUUCACUAAUCUCGAUAGGAAUAACGCCGUCAAGUACCUUUGUUUUUGAUUCGUUAUGCUGCUUUCAAACUGUUGUAAAGACAACGCGUUUGCUUACUUGGAGUUGUGAAUGAGAUGAACUUUACGCAAAUUGUUCUGUUUCACUAAUGACGGGGACUUUAACUGUCGUUUUAAGGAACGCAUACAUUUUCGUGUAAUCGCGUAAUUUAAUGAUUUGGGGAAUCAUCCGGAGUGGACUAUAAAAUAGGUUUUUUUCAACAAACUAACAAGUUUGCGAAGUUUAAGGAGAAACUCGCCUCCGUAGAAGUAUCCGGAGAGGGUUGAAAGAGGGAAGACUAGAGGAUUCAGCGAGGCUUUAGCCGACUGGCGCGAGAGCACCUGGGGACAUUUGGCAGAAGCGCGACCGGGUAAAGAUGCUCUCUGCUUGGAUACAGCGCGACCAGUCUCCCGCUGCCUUUCUCACGUUAGCGCUGCUGUACGGAACCUUUGCGAUCCAUGCAGAUGGCAGUGAUUAUAGCGAGGUUCUUCCGGACUCCUUUCCAUCCGCUCCGGCCGAACCGUUGCCAGAAUUCCAGAGUGAACCGGAGGAUGCCUUCAUUGUGAAAAACAGACCGGUUAAGCUCUCCUGCAAGGCCGCCCCUGCCACGCAGAUAUACUUCAAGUGCAAUGGAGAAUGGGUGAACCAGAAUGACCACGUUACUAAAGAGAGUUUGGACCCUAUCACAGGUUUGGUUGUGAGAGAAGUGGACAUAUCUGUGUCUCGCACGCAGGUAGAAGAAUUGUUCGGCCUUGACGAUUAUUGGUGUCAGUGUGUUGCCUGGAGCUCGGCAGGCACCACAAAGAGCCGACGGGCAUACGUCCGCAUCGCUUAUUUAAGAAAGAACUUUGAGCAGGAGCCACUUGGCAGGGAAGUUCGUCUGGAGCAAGAAGUCUUGCUGCAAUGUCGUCCACCAGAGGGCAUCCCACCUGCUGAGGUGGACUGGCUGAAGAAUGAGGAGCUCAUUGACCCGGCACUGGAUUCUAACUUUCUAAUUACCAUCGAUCACGACCUGAUCAUCAAGCAGGCUCGACUCUCCGACACGGCUAACUAUACCUGCAUGGCUCGCAAUGUGGUCGCUAAGCGACGCAGCAGCACUGCGACACUCAUCGUCUACGUGAGCGGUGGCUGGUCAUCCUGGACAGAGUGGUCAGAGUGCAAUGCUCAGUGUGGGCGGGGCUGGCAGCGACGGACACGCAGUUGCACCAAUCCGGCACCCCUCAAUGGAGGAGCCUUCUGCGAGGGACCACCUUUCCAGAGAGUUACCUGUACAACACUCUGUCCAGUUGAUGGAGGCUGGACAGAGUGGGCGAAGUGGUCGGCUUGCGGGACGGAGUGCAUGCACUGGCGGAGCCGUGAAUGUCAGGCGCCCCCUCCACGCAAUGGUGGACGUCACUGCACCGGGAGCAUGAUGGAGAGCAAGAACUGCACAGAGGGACUGUGUGCCCGCAAUAAAAAGGUUUCUAUUGAACAUGCAAGCCAUCCUCUGGGCACUGGUGCUAGUGUGGCGGUGUACGCGGGACUGGUGGGAGCUUUGCUGCUCUGCAUAAUCCUCGUACUGUGUGUGGGAAUCCUGGUCUAUCGGCGGAGCUGUCGACACCUCCACGGUGAAAUCACAGAUUCCUCCUCAGCCCUCACAGCUGCCUUCCAUCCUGGAAACUACAAACCACCACGACAGGAUAACCCACACCUGCUGCACCCGGCAGCCCCCCCUGACCUCACAGCGAGUGCCGGAACCUUCCGCGGGCCUCUUUACGCACUGCAGCAGGCUACCCUGGACUCCACCCAUAAGAUCCCCAUGACCACGUCUCCUCUGCUGGACUCACUGCCUAGUCUGAAGAUAAAGGUGUAUAAUGCUUCUACCAUGUCCUCCCUUGAGCUGCCGGCCGGUCCGGAUUAUACUGAUGGAGAGAUUAUGAGUCUGAAGACCGUGGGCUCUGGACCUAAAGACCACCACGGGCACACCUUGCCCAGAGAGCCCAGUCACAGCAUCAGCAUCACACUGGGCUCACUGGGAGGUCGUCUCACCAUCCCUAAUACAGGAGUGAGUCUGCUGGUUCCACCGGGAACAAUUCCUCAGGGAAAGUUCUAUGAGAUGUAUCUCAUCAUCAACAAAUGGGAGAAAACAACGUUGCCGUCAGAUGGUAGUCAGACGGUAUUGAGUCCUGUUGUGAGCUGCGGACCCUCGGGCAUGCUGCUCAGCAAACCUGUAGUCCUUACUCUGCCCCACUGCGCCCAACUAGAAACCCCUGACUGGACCCUCACCCUUAAAAUGCAAAACCAUCAAGGUGCCUGGGAGGAGGUGCUAACUGUAGGAGAGGAGAGCUUGUCAUCACCCUGCUAUCUACAGGUGGAAGAGCAGAGCUGCCAUAUUCUAAUGGAGCAGCUGGGCACGUAUGGGCUGGUGGGACAGUCGGCUCCCCCUCGGCCAGCCUGUAAGAGACUGCAGUUGGCCCUGUUUGCUCCCAGAGCGCCAUGCCUCUCUCUGGACUACAGCCUGAGGGUCUACUGUAUACAGGAUACCCCACAUGCCCUUAAGGCAAUGUUAGAGGUUGAGCGGAGUCUGGGUGGAGUUUUACUAGAGGACCCCAAACCUCUGCUCUUUAAGGACAGUUAUCACAAUCUGCGGUUAUCAAUCCAUGACAUUCCUCAUUCUCACUGGAGGAGUAAACUUCUGGCUAAGUAUCAGGAAAUCCCGUUCUAUCACAUCUGGAGCGGAAGCCAGCGGCCGCUGCAUUGCACCUUCAGUCUAGAAAGAGGAAGCCUGGUGGUUUCACAGCUCACCUGCAAGAUCUGUGUUAGACAGGUGGAGGGAGAGGGACAGAUAUUCCAGCUUAACACUGACAUCCAAGAGACUUUGCCCCCCCACUCCCCAUUGCCAGCAGGUGGUUCUUGUCUGCCUUCAUCUCAAGUGGGUCCAUAUGCUUUCCGACUUCCCGUCUCCAUCCGGCAGAAAAUUUGUGCCAGUCUGGAUGCCCCCAGCGCGCGUGGCUGUGACUGGAGAAUGCUGGCACGCAGCCUGGGCUUCGACAGGUAUCUGAACUACUUUGCAACCAAACCCAGCCCCACAGGUGUGCUGCUAGACCUGUGGGAAGCUUGUCACCAGGGUGACGCAGACCUGGUCUCCCUGGCGACGGCUCUUGAAGAGAUGGGCAAGAGUGAGGUCUUGGUCGUCAUGACGACAGACGGCGAUUGCUGAUUGGCAAAUCAAAAAGUGUGAAGAGAUGUAUUCGCCACUACAAACCUAGAAUUAACGCAAGUGGAUGAUAAGAAGGAAUCUGCGUCAGAUGCACAAACCAAGUUCCCAAUUGUUACAACUUGCCAAGCCAAUACCUCAGUUGCUUUGCGUUUGUGCGGAAUCUUCCAACGAUUGCAACGCGUCUGAGUGGUGGUCAAGCAGUCGGGAUGAUCUCGGAGGGAUACAAACCUAAAUGUAGCACAUGGAACAACACUGUACUCGGACAACAGAGAUGCCGUGUGAUGAGGUUAAAAAUAAUGAAGGCCUGUGUGUGGUGUGUUUGCCGGUACGGUUAAGAGCACCACCUGAUAAGCUUAUGAUUAAAUGAUAGUUUCAUCAUACUGAUACACACCCUGUUAGACGUGCAGAUACACACUGCUAUUCUUAAAAGUACAUAAUCAAACCAUUGCACAUCAAACCCCUGGCUUUGUUUCCUAGCGACCACUAGAUGCUUAAAGACACAGAGAACCCGUGUCCGAUAAAACAGCAGUGUGCCCAGCACCUCAGGAAACUUACACACACACAAACAGAAAAUAAACAGGUGCGGAGGAGUGUGGGAAUACGGAUGAAAAAUGAAUAAACAGCGAGAGACUUAGAUCAUCUGCACUAAUCAACAGUUAUUUUCACAAUGACUUUAUAAUGAUUUCACUUGAAACAAAACACAUCAGUAACAGAUGCUUCAUUUUGACUUUUGUUUGAAGCAUUAUUUCAGGCGUCUGUCUUCUGAAGUAGCGUACAGACAUAGAAAGCAGUGCUCUCGUUAGCAAAGGAACACGCUUUCGCAGAAUUUUCUUCUUUAUCUGAUCAUGCCUCCGUUAGCCUUCUAUAUUCGAUUUAUGAUUUGUAAUGCAAGAGAGCUUUUUGGUAAACUCGUAUUAGUUUCCUAUAGGGAACGGACUUGAGUUAUAUGCCUAUUUGUGGAUCAUUGUUUUUCAACAGUCACUCAUAACUUCUGUUAGAUUCAUGAUCUUUGUUUUUAUUUGUGUUUUGCAGAAUAUAGGUAAAAUGGCGGAGAGCAGUAUAAACACGAAUUAAAGGGACAGUUAGCUCAAAUGUAACCCUGGAACACAAAACCAGUCAUAGGUAGCAUGGGUAUACAUCAACAAUACAUUGUAUGGGUCAAAAUUAUUGUAUUGUAUUGUAAUGUAUCAAAACUUUAUUUUUGUGAGUGGAUGUAGCAAAUAGCAAACAAUAAUGGCCAGAAACACACCUACAAACAUUGCACGCUGCCACGCGCUCUUUGAGAAUUACCCACUUAAGUUUGGUAUCUAUGUAAAGCUUGGAAUUUCUACUUUCGGGUUUAUCUACUCUCCACAACGCUAUUACAGCAGUAAGCCAAUAGAGACGGUUAAUACAACCUUUUUCUUAAUAACUGCCUGCUACAGCGCCUCUGAUGGACAACUUUAAAGGCGAUUUUCUCAAUAUUUGGAUUUUUUUGCCCCCUCAGAUUCCAGAUGUCGGCCAAAUACUGUCCUAUUGUUAUUAUCCUAACAAACCAAACAUCGAUGAAAAGCUUAUUUAUUCAGCUUUCAGAUGAUGUGUAAAUCUCAAUUUCAAGUAAUUUGCCCAAAAGAAGGUUUUGUGGUCCAGGGUCACAAAUAUGAAAAUGUGGUCUUCGUUGACUAACCCUUAUGUUAUUUCUUGUGUUAAACACAAAAGGAAGUAACGACUUUCCCAAGUCCCCAAUUUAUUGCAUGAAUGUUAAAGGUUUUGCGUUCACCUUUCAUAACGACUGCAUUUUGCGAGUAAAUCUGGAUUAUUUGGCAAUUGAACCUAAAACGGGGUGAAACGUAAAUGUUGUGCUGAGGUUAAACGUUCUUUGAACCUCCUUGCGGAAGUUCACCAUGAAUAUGCUGCGCUUUUCAAAUAGGAUGAAAUUGCACGGGUUGCAGAAAGCUCUUUUCAGGGUUUCAUGCCAGUCUGUUGUGCUGUUUAAAUUAUAAAUAGUAGCCUCGAGAGGUGGCAUAAGUGCUCUGUUGAUUGCAGUAUGACCCACUUGCUCUUUAUUGUCUCUUUUGACUUGUUGGGUUUAAGGGGUUCCCAUUGAGCAAGACUCAAAGCCAUGUACUUGGACUGCUUAUUAACAAAAAUCAUGCGAUCGCAUGGACUCGGAGAACGACGUGUUCGGUCCAUUACUUUAUUUUUUGACUUGUUCCUCAGAAGUGUUCAAAUGUCUGGUAACAAACAAAACACAAAUGUUCAGUAUCUGUCCAUGCCUGUAAAGGUGUGAAUUAAAUAAAUAAAGUGUGCGUAUGUGUGUGAAAGAGAGAAACAGAGCGUGAGAGAUUGUUUGUGCAGACGUAUGAGUCACUAUAGUGCUACAGUGUACUGUAUGAAUGGGCUUCAUUGUGUCUGUUGUUUCCUCUUUCUCAUUAUAAGUACUAUGCAAGUACACAACAAAAGUGAAUCUGUGGACGUCUUGAUGUACCGUUUAUGAUGUUCGUGGAAUGGGAAUCAUUACUUUCCUUCUGCUGAUCUCUGCUGUAACUAAGCUGGGGAUGAAAAUGAAGCCACUCAGCAGUAAUAAAUGCAAACAAAACUGUAAUUGAGGGUCAGGGAUCCAUGACCACCAUAUUGUUCCUCCUUAUUUGUUUAGUAAGCGUUUGGCCUUUCCCUGCACCCUCACAAUGAACUAACAACGUUUGCUUGGAGGACUGUUUUAAACAUCUACAUGCGGUAGAAUCCCAACGUGAACAUGCGGAAUCUCAAAUGGCUUCUGAACCUUUAAAUGGCUCUGCAAUGUCUCUAGUCACAUUUCGGCUGAUGUUACAUGAAAACGCCUUUGACCAUUUCACAUGCGUGAAGCGGCUUCGCUUCUCUGGAUUGUAGUUGCUGGAUGCCCACAUGUGGCCGAAAAAACUAUUUUAUUCAGAUGUCAUUUUUUACGAAAGAGGGUUGACAAGAAGAGGUUUUUUUUGGUUCAAUGCUGUAAAAUACUACUGUACAUAACUGUUUAGACUUCUUACUGUACCUAAAUAUAAUUUUUAUGCA